AUGGCCGCCUCCAUAGUAAGAACCUACCGACAUUUAUCACGGCAUGGGUCCUGUAUUCUCUCAAAAAGAACACAUCUGUACCCAGGUUUCAGGUCUAAAUUCCACAGCUCUGCUUCUGUCCACAGUGAGCUACUCUCCAGUCUACACAAACGCGGUAUCCUUAAGGACUCUUUCCCGGAGGACGCGGCUCAGGACGCUCUUCCCCGGCUGCUCCAGGCUGCUCCUCAGACCGUGUACUGCGGCUUCGACCCCACAGCCGACAGCCUCCAUGUAGGGAACCUGCUCGCUAUUAUCGGCCUGCUUCACUUCCGCGGUGCCGGGCAUCAUGUCCUGGCUGUACUCGGUGGGGCCACGGCGCAGAUAGGUGACCCGAGUGGGAAAACGAGCGAGAGAGAACGGUUGAGCGCGCGCUCCGUGGAGACGAACACACACAGCAUCCGCGAGAGCAUCCACAGGGUUUUCGCCAACCACGAGCUGUACUUCCACGACGGUUCUAGACCUCUGGGCACGGUGACGGUACUGAACAACCUGAGCUGGUACAAGGACCGGGACGUGGUGGGGUUUCUGUCCGAGGCCGGCAGACACUUCAGGAUGGGCACCAUGCUCAGCCGGCACAGCGUCCAGUCCAGGCUGAAGAGCACAGAGGGUAUGAGCCUGACCGAGUUCACCUACCAAGUGUUCCAGGCAUAUGACUUCUACCACCUCCACCAGAUAUAUGGAUGCAGGAUUCAGCUGGGAGGCACCGACCAGCUGGGCAAUUUGAUGUCCGGACAUGAGUUCAUUCACAAAGUCAGUGAGGAGGAGGUGUAUGGUCUGACCAUCCCCCUGGUGACCAGCUCUGUCGGGGACAAGCUGGGGAAGACCGCUGGCAAUGCAGUGUGGCUCAACAGGGAUAAGACGUCUCCUUUUGAACUCUACCAGUUCUUCGUCAGACAGCCAGAUGCAUGUAUAGAAAGGUACUUGAAGCUGUUUACCUUCCUGCCUCUGGCGGAGGUGGAGAGGCUGAUGGAGCAGCAAAGGGAGGAUCCAGGAAAACGCCUCGCACAUAAACGGCUGGCUGCAGAGGUGACAAAACUGGUGCAUGGAAAGGAGGGCCUCGAGAGCGCGAAAAGAUGCACUGAUGCGCUGUACCACAGCAGUGUCCAGGCUUUGGAGGAAAUGAGUGAUGAGGAGUUGCAGGAGCUCUUCAGGGAGGCCCCCUUCCAUGAGCUGCUGUUGGAGCCCGGAACCACUGUGAUAGACGCCUGCCGUAAAAUCAACGCCAUCCCAGAAGGGCCCAGAGGGUAUCGGAUGGUUUCAGAGGGAGCCGUGCACAUCAACCACAGGCGGACCGACAACCCAGAGAAAGUUCUAAUCCCUAAAGUCCACAUUCUAUCUAACGGCCUCUCCUUGCUUAGAGUGGGCAAGAAAAACUUCUACAUCAUCAAGUGGCUCAGCCUCUGAGGCCUUGUGCUCUCCCAAGGGACCAGUUUACUAUGAACGACUGAGUAGGAAGGUAGGGUCACUGAGGACGCAUGGAUGGACUGACAAUUUGGAAAAUAUUCAGUUUUGCCAUUGUUUAAGCUAUAACCUUCUUUUGUAAAUAUGUAUAUGUACAGAUGUGACAUUUAUGUAAAGCUAUGGUAUUAAAAGCAUUUCUUAUGA